AUGGCGGAAACCUCACCUGACUGGCCUACAUUAGAUGUCCAGCGGUAUCCUCAUCAUGUCAAAUACUUCACCUGGUUUUAUGAUGUGGUUUUAUCAUUAAACUUAUAGAUUUCCUGGCCUCUCCCUGAGACCUAGUUAUGAUCUCUUCCCUGAGACCUAGUUAUGACCUCUCCCUGAGACCUAGUUAUGAACUCCUCUCUCUGAGACCUAGUUAUACUCUCUCUCUGAGACCUAGUUAUGAACUCCUCUCUCUGAGACCUAGUUAUGACCUCCUCUCCCUGAGACCUAGUUAUGACCUCUCUCUCGACCUGAGUUCUACCCUCUCUCUAGACCUAUUUAUGACCUCUCUCUGAGACCUAGUUAUGACCUCCUCUCUCUGAGACCUAGUUAUGACCUCUCCCUGAGACCUAUCUGACUCCCUCUCUGACACCUAGUUAUGACCCUCCUCCUCUCUGAUGACCUAGUUUAUGACUCUUCCCUGAGACCUAGGUUAUGACCUCCUCUCUCUGAGAACCUAGUUAUGACCUUCCUCUAUCUCUGAGACCUAGUUAUGACCUCCUCUCCUGUUAUGACGACCUAGUUAUGACCUCUCUCCCUGAGACCUAGUUAUGACCUCCUCCCUCUCCCUUGAGACCUAGUUAGGACCUUCUCUGAGGACCUAGUUUUAUGACUUCUCUCUGGAGACCUAGAGAUUAUGACAUUCCUCUCUCUGAGGGACAUAGUUUAUUGACCCUCUCCCUGAGACCUAGUUAUGACCUCUCUCUGAGACCCUAGUUUAUGACAUCCUCUCCUGAGACCUAGUUAUGACCUUUCUGAGACCUAGUUUAUGACCUCCUCUCCAUGAGACCCUAGUUUAUGACCUCGCUGAGACCUAGUUAUGACCUCCUCUCCCUGAGGACCUAGUUUAUGACCCUCCUCUCUGAGACCUAGUUUAUGACUUCCUCUCCGGAGAACAUAGUUAUGACCUUCUUCUGAGACCUAAGUUAUUAUGAAAUCCUCUUCCUGAGACUUAGUGUAUGACCGCUCCUUGUGACCUAUUUAUGACAUCUCCCUGAGACAUAGUUAUGACGCCUUCUCCUGAGACCCCUAGUAUGACCUCCUUUCUUAUGAGACCUAGUUGUGACAUCUCUCUCUGAGACCUAGUUAUGGACCUCCUCUCUCUGAUGAGGACCUAGUGAGUCCUCCUCUCCUGGAGACCAUAGUUAUGACUUCUCUGGACCUAGUUUGAACCCUCCUAGUUUUGAGACCUAUUAUGAUAUUCCUAUCUCUCUGAUGACCAGUUAUGACCUCUCUCUCUGCAGGACCUACCUAGUUAUGAUCUCCUCUCUCUGUGGAGACCUAGUUAUUAUGAAACUCUCUCUGAGACCCUAGUUAGACACUCCUCUCUCUGAGACAUAGUUAUGACUCCUAUCUCUGAGACUAGUUAUGAUCUCUCUCUGAGACCUAGUUAUGACUCCUCUCCCUGAGGACCUAGUUUAUGACCUCCUCUCCUGUGAGACCUUAGUUUAUGACCUCUCUCGAGACCUAGUUAUGACUUCUUUCUUCUGGAGGACCUAGUUAUGACGGUCCUACUCUCUGAUACCUAGUUGUUAUGACCUCUCUCCUGCGACCUAGUUAUACCUCCUCUCUCUGAGACCUAGUUAUUGAACCUCCUCUCUCUGAGACCUAGUAUGGACCCCUCUUCUAUGUGGAAACCUAGUUAUGACCUCCACUCUGAGACCCUAGUUUAUGACGUCCUCUCUCUGAGACCCCUAGUUAUGGACCUCUAUCACUGUGAGACCAGUUUAUGACCUUCCUCUCUCUGAGGCCUAGUGUAGCUUCUCUCACUGAGACCUAGUUAUGACCUCCUCUCUAUGAGACCUAGUUAUGACCUACCUCUCUCUUGAAGACCUGUUAUGACCUCUCCACUGAGACCUAGUUAUGACCUCUCUCUCUGAGACCUAGUUAUGAAUCCUCUCUCUGAGACCUAGUUAUGAACCUCUCUCUGAGACCCUAGUUUAAUGGACUCCUCUUCCUGUAGACCUAGUUAUGACCAUCACUCUCCCUUGAGGACCUGUUAUGACCUCUCUCUAGGACCUAAAGGGUUUUAUGACCUACUCUCUGGAGACCCUAGUUUAUGACAUCCUCUCUCUGAAGGAAACCUAGUUUAUGGACCUCUCCCUUGAGACCUAGUUGUUACUGGACCCCUCUCUCUGGGGACCCUAGUUUAUGACCUCCUCUCCCUCGGAGACCUAGUUUAUGGGACUCUCUCUGAGACCUAGUUAUGACCUCCUCUCCGAGACCUAGUUGGAACUCUCCUGAGACCUAGUUAUGACCCUCCCUCUCCCCACCUGAAGGACCCUAGUUUAUGACCUCUCUUCUGAGAACCUAGUUAUGACCCUCCUCUCCUUGAGACCUAGUUAUUAUGACCUCUCUCGGACCUAGUUUAUGACCUCUCUUACUGAGACUUAGUUAUGACCUCUCUCUUUGACCUAGUUUAUUGGAACCUCUCACUGAGACCUCCUAGUUAUGAAACUCCUCUCUGAGGGGACCUAGUUUCUGACCUCCUCUCUCUGAGACCGAGUUGUGGACCUCCUCGCUAUGAGACCGUAGUUAUGGACCUCCUCUCUUGAGACAUAGUUAGUCCUCCUUCUCCAGAGGGACCUAGUUUGACCGCUCUCUGAGACCUAGUUAUGACCUCCUCUUUCUGAGACCGAUUUAUGAUAUCCUAUCCUCUGAGGACCUAGUUUAUGACCUUUCUUCGCUGAGACCUAGUUAUGAUCUCUUCUUCUCUGAGACCUAGUAUAUGAACUCUCUCUGAGACCCUUAGUUUUAGACAUCACUUCUCUCUGAGACAUGUAUGACCCCUUCUCCUCGUCUCUGAGACCUAGUUAUGAUCUCUUAUGAGACCUAGUUAUGACAUCCUCUUCCUGAGACCUAGUUAGGACCACCUCCUCUCCCUGAGACCUAGUUAGUUAUGACUCUCUCUGCGACCUAGUUAUGACCUCCUCUUUCUCUGAGACCUAGUUUUUAUGACGGUCCUCUUCUGAAACCUAGUUAUGACCUCACUCUGAGACCUAGUUAUGAAGUCCUCUCUCUGAGACAUAUUAUGACUCCCUCACUGAGACCUAGUUAUGACCUCCCUCUCUCUGAGACCUAGUUUUGAACCUCCUCUCAAGAGACAUGAGUUAUGACCUCCUUUCUUCUCUGAAGACCCUAGUUUGAUGAACCCCUCCGCUCACUGAGGACCUAGUUAAUGACUCCUCUCAUUGAGACUAGCUUAUGACUCCUCGCCCUGAGACCUAGUUAUGACUCCUCUCUCUGCACCUAGAUUUAAUGAUCUCUCCCUGAGAACCUAGUUAUGAACUUCAUCUCCCUGAGGAACCUAGUUUAGUUUAUGAUCUCCUUUCUCACUGAGCCCUAGCUAUUAUGCCCCUCCUUUCCUGAGACCUAAGUUAUGAACCUCUCUCACUGAGACCGAGCUCUAUGUAUUAUCUUGUUUCCUCCCUCACUGAGGACAUAGUUAUGACCCUCCUUCCCUGGACUAGUUAUGACCCCUCUCAUGAGACCUAGUUAUGACCUCUCUCCUCCAGGAGGAUAGUUAGGACCUCCUCUCUCGAGACUAGUUAUGACCUCUCAUGAGAACUAGUUAUGACCUCCUCUCUCUGAGACCUCCUAAGUUAUGAACUAUCCUGGAGACCUAGUUUAUGACCUCCUCUCACUGCUGACCUAGCUAUAUAAACCCUCUCUUGAGGACCUAGUUUAUGAUUCCUCAAUCUCUCUGAGAACCUAGUUAUGGACCUCUCUCUCUGAGACUUAGUUAUGAUCUCCUCUUCUCUGAGACCCUAGUUAUGACCUCUAUCUGAGACCUAGUUUGUGAACCUAUCUGAAGACCUCGAGGUGUUAGUGACCCCCCCUUCCCAAUGAGACCUAGGUUAUGACCUCCUUCCCUCUGAGACCGAGUUCUGACCGACUCUCCCUGAGACUAGUUUUGACCUCUAUCUGAGACCCCAUUAUGACAUCCUCUCUCGGAAAACCUAGUUAGACCUCCUCUUGUGACCCCUAGUUAUGAUAUCUCCCUGAGGACCUAGUUUUUAUGACCUACUCUCUCUGAGACCUCUAGUUUAUGACCUCCAUCUCUCUGGGAACCUAUAGUUAUGACCUCUUCCCUGAGGGAACUAGUUAUGACCCCCUCUCUCGAGACCCUUAGUUAUGACCUCCUCUCUCUGAGAAUCAUACCAGUUUAUGACCUCCCUCUCCAUGAGACCUAGUUUAUGACAUAUCCUGGACCUAAGUUAUUUGACCUCUCCCUGGAGACCUAGUUUUAUUUUAUGACCUCCUCUCUCUUGAGACCUAGUUUGGACCUCUCUCUGUGACCUAGUUAUGGACUCUCCCUGAGACCUAGUUAGUGACCUCCUCUUCUUCUGAGACCUAGUAUGAUCUCUCCUGAGACCUAGUUUAUGACACCUCUCCCUGAGACCUAGUUCUGACCUCAUUCUCUGAUGAGACAUAGUUUAGGAACAUACUUCUCUGAGACCUCCUGUUAUGACAUCUCUCUCUUGAGACCUAGUUAUGACUCUCCGUGAGACCUAGUAUGACCUCCUCUACUGAUAGCAGGACCUAAGUUAUGACUCCUCUCCCUGAGACCUAGUUAUGGGACCCUUUCUCUGAGACCUAGUUUUAUUGAUUCCUCUCCCUGAGGACCUAGCUAUUGACCUCCUUCUCCCUGAGGACAUCCUAGUUAUGACCUUCCCUGAGACCGAGUUUUAUGAUCCUCCUAUCCUGAGAGACUAGCUAUUGACCUCUAUUUCCCUGUGGGAGGGACCGUAGUUUUAUGAACCUCUACGUGAGACAUCCCUAGCUAUGUCCUCCAUCUCUCUGAGACAUAGUUAUGACCUCUCCUGAGACCUAGUUUAUGACCUCCUAUCCCUGCGACAUAGCUGGAAAACCCUCCUCUCUCUAGUGAGACCUCCCUAGUUAUGAUCUUCUCUCUCUGAAGACCUAGUUUUAUGACCCCUUCCCUCGCGACUAGGCUAUGACUCCUCUCUAUGAGGACCUAGUAUGACCUCACUUCUGAGAACAUAGGUUAUGACGUCUUCUCUCUGAGACCUCGUUUCGACCUCCUCUCUCUGAGGACCUGUUAUGACCUCUCUAUGAGACCUAGUAAUUGGGACCUUCCCUGAGACUAGUAUGAACUACUCUCUCUGAGGACCCUAGUUAUAAACUCCUCUCUCUGAGAAUAGUAUUGAAACUUGCCUCCUCGGAGGGGGGACCCUAGUUAUGACCGCUCUCUGAGAACCUAGUUAUGACCUCUCCCUGACGACCUAGUUAUGGACUCUCCUGAGACUAGUUAUGACCUGAUCUUCUUUCUUGAGACCUAGUUAUGACUCCCUCUCUCUAUGAGACCCUAGUUAUGACCUCCUCUCCCGUGAGACUUAGUAUGACCUCUAUCUGAGACCCAUUAUGACCCCCUCUCUCUGAAAACCUAGUUAUGACCACUCUCCUCUGUGACCUAGUUAUGAUCUCUCCAUGAGACCCUAAGUUAUGAUCCUCUCUCUCGUGGACCUAGUUAGGCCUCAUCUCUCUGAGACCCUAGUUAUGACUCUCCUGAGACCUAGUUAUGACCUACUAUCUCUGAGAACUAGUUAUGAACCUCUCUCUCUGAGACAUAGUUUAUGACCUCCUCCUCCCUGAGGACCUAGUUAUUAUUAUGACCUUCUCUGUGACCUAGUUAUGACCUCUCCUGAGACAUAGUUUAUGACCUCUCUCUCUGAGGGAGAACUAGUUAUGACCUCUCUCUGUGGACCAUAGUUUUUAUGGACCUCUCCAUGAGCUAGUUUAUGACGUCCUCUAUCUGAGACCUAGUUAUGGAAUCUCUCCCUGAGGACCCUAGUUUCCUAGAGUUAUGGACCUCUCCCUGAGACCUCGUAUGACCUCCUCUCUCUGAGAACCUAGUUAUGACCUCCUCUUCUCUGAGAACCUAGUUAUGACAUCCUCUUCUGAGGGACCUAGUUUAGCCUCUCCGUGAACCUAGGCUUAUACCUUCUCUCUCUGAAGGACUCGUUUAUGACCUCUCUCCCUGGAGACCUAGUUUAUUGACCUCCUCUGAGACCUAGUUAGUUUGAUCUCCUUCCCAUGAGACCGAGCUAUGACCUCCAUCUCCUGAGGACCUAGUUAUGACUCUCCCUGGGCUCGUUUUAUGCUCUCCUCUAUGAGGACUAGUAGACCUCCUCUCCCUGAGACACCCCCUCAUAGUUUAGACAUCUCCGUGGAGAACACCUCCCUAGCUAUGGUUCCUCCUCUAUCUGAGACCUCGUUAUGACCCUCUACCCGGAGACCUAGUUAUGACUCCUCUACCUGAGACCUAGCUAUGACCUCUCCUCUCUGAGGACCUAGUUAGGAUAUCCUUCUCUCUGAGACCUAGUUUAUGAACAUCUCCUGAGACGGAGCUAUUACCUUCCUCUCCUCUGAGACCUAGUUUAUGACCCUCACUAUGUGAGACCUAGUUAUGAGUCUUUUCUCUCUGAGACAUAGUUUAUGAACCUCCUCCUCUCUCUGAGGACCUAAAGUAUUAUGACACUGCUCUCUGAGACCUCUAGUUUAAUAGUUACUAGUAAUGACCCUUCCUGAGACCUAGUUAUAUGUGACCUCUUCUCUUAGGACCUAGUUAUAAACUCCCUCUCUGAGACCUUAGUCCUAGUUAUGAUGAAAAACUCUCUCUCUGAGACCUAUUUUGACCUCGUCUCUGGAGACCUGAGUUUAUGACCUUCCCUGAGACCCUAGUUAUGACCUCUCUCUGAGACCUAGUUAUUACAUGCUCUCUUCGGAGGACUAGUUAUGAUAUCUCUCCCUGAGACCUAGUUAUGACUCCUCUCUCUCUCUGAGACCUAGUUAUGCAUCAUCUCUCUGAGGACACCUAGUUAUGACCCUUCGGCGAGACCUAGCUAUAUGACUCCUUCUCUAUGAGACACUAGUUAUGACCUCUCCCUGAGAGACCUCGUUAUGAAUCUCCCUGAGACCUAGCUAUGGACAUUCCGCAUUCUGAGACCUAGUUUAUGACCUCCAUUCUGAGACAUAGUUUUAUGACGGUCUUCUCUCUUGUGACCCUAGUUAUGAAGGGACCUCCUCUCCCUGAGACUAGUUUAUGACCUCUCUCCCUGAGUGAGAACAUAGUUUUGGGACCUCCUCUCUUCUGAGGACCUAGUUUUGGACCUCCAUGAGACCCCUUAGUAAUGACCUCUUCUUUCUGAGACCUAGUUAUGAUCUCUCCUGAGACCUAGUUUAUGACUCUCUCUCUGAGACAUAGUUUUAUGACCCUCUCUUCUGAGACCUAGGUUAUGACCCUUCCCUGAGACCUAGUUAUGAACUCCUUCUCUCUGGAGACCUCCUAGUUAAUUAAAACUCCUCUAUCUGAGACCUAGUAAGAAUCAUCUCUCUGAGGACCUUAGUUAGACCUCCUCUUAUGCGACAUAGUUAGACCUCUCUGGGAGGACCUAGUUUAUAACCUCCCUCUCUGGAGACCCUAGUUAUGACCUCUCUUUGAUGAGGACCCUAGUUAUGAUCUCCCCUGAGACUAGUUUAUGACUACUCUCUCGGAGACAUAUUUUAUGAACUCUCUCGGAGACCUCAGUUAUGACCUCCUCUUGAGACCUAGUUAUGGACCUCCUCUCACUGAGACCUAGUUAUGACCAUCCUCUCCUGAGACUAGUUAUGAACCAUCCUCUACGCUGAGGACCUAGUUAUGACCUCACUCUUGAGACAUGUUAGGACUAUCUCUGAGACCUAGUUAUGACCUCACUCUGAGACCUAGUUGACCUCUCUCUGUGAGACCUAGAUAUGACUCUUUUCAUCUCUGGAGGGACCUAGUUAUGAUAUCUCCCUUGAGCCUAGUUAUGAAAAUUCUCCCUUGCGGACACUAGUUAUGACCCCCCCUCUCUCUGAGACCUAGUUAUGGACUCUCUCUGGGACAUAGUUAUGACCUCUCCCUGAGACCUGUUAUACCUCCUCUAUCUGAGACCUAGUUAUGACCUCUCUCUGAGACCAUAGUUUUAUGCCUCCUUCUCGGAGACCUAGUAGUUAGUGACCCUAUCUCUGAGACUAGUUAUGACCUCUCUCUGGCGAACCCUAGUUAUGACAUCCUCUCUCUGAGACCUAGUUUAUGAAAUCCUCUCUCUGGAGUCCUAGUUAUGAACUCUCCCGGGAUGAGACCCUAGUUAUGACCUCUCUCUGAGAUCUGUUAUGACCUUCUCUUCCUGAGGACCUAGUUAUGACCUCCCUCUCUCUUGAGACCUACCCUAGUUAUGGACUCUCUCUGAGACCUAGUUAUGAUCUCUUCCCUGAGACCUAGUUAUGACCCCUCCUCUUCUGAGACCUAGUUAUGACUCCUCCUUCUGAGGACCUAGUUAUGAAACUCUCCUGAGGGACUAGUUUUUUAUCGACACUUCUCUGAAGACCCUAGUUGAUGACCUCUCUCUGGAGACAUAGUUUUAUGGACCCUCCUCGCCUGGAAACUAAGUUAUGACCUCUCCUGAGACCUAGUUUAUAAACCUCUCUAUGAGACCUAGUUAUAAACCUACUCUCUUGGACCAGUUAUGACCUCACUCUGAGACCUAGUUAAGGAGGCCUCUCUAGGAGACUAGUUAUGACCCUCACUUUGAGACGCGUUGACCUCCUCUUCUCUGAGGGGACCUAGUUAUGACCUCCUCUCUCUGAGAACCUAGUUAUGACCCUUCUCUCUCUGCGACCUAGUUAUGAUCUCUACCUGAGACCUAGUUAGAACUCUCCUGAGACCUAGUUAUGACCUCUCUCUGAGACCAGUUUUAUGACCUCUCGUGAGCCUAGCUUAUGACCCCUCUCUCCCUGAGACCUCCCUCCUAGGUUAUGACCCUCCUCUCUCUGAGACCUAGUCUUAUGACUCUCUCUCUGAGACCUAGUUAUGCCCAUUUCCCCUGAAGAACCUAGUUAUGACCUUCCUCUCUCUGAGGACCCUAGUUAUGGACAUCUCUCUCGGGGACUAGUUAUGAACUCUCUGAGACCUAGUUUAUGACCUCUCUCUGAGACUGUUAUGACCUUUCCUCUUUCCUGAGACCUAGUUAUGGACCCCUCUCUCUGAGAUAGUUAUGACCUCUCCUGAGAAUAGUUAUGGAUCUCUCCAUGUGACUAGUUAUUAUGACCUCCUCCUUGAGACCUAGUUAUGACAUCCUCUCUCUGAGACCUAGUUAUGAACUCUCACUGAGACCUAGUUAUGACCUCUCUCUGAGACCUAGUUAUGACCUCCUCUCCGAGACCCUAGUGCAUGAAAGCUUUCCCUUGAACCUAGUUAUGGACCCUCCUCUCUCUGAGGGACCCUCGUUAUGACCUCCUCUCUCUUUGCGACCUAUUUGAAACUCUCUCUGAGACCUAGUUCUGAUCCUCCUGAGGACCCUAGUUAUUGGACCCCUACUCUCUCUGAGGGAACCACCUAGUUUUUAUGACAUCCUCUCUCUGAGACUAGUUAUGAAACUACUCCUGAGGGACCUAGUUAUGGACCUCUCUAUGAGACCGAGUUUAUGGACCGCUCUCCCUGAGACCUAGUUAUGACCUCCUCUCCCUGAGAGAGACCUAGUUUAUUGAACUAACUCUCUCUGAGACCUAGUUAUUUAAAUUCUUCUCUAUGAGACCCUAUUAUUGAUCUCUCUCUGAGACCCUAGAUUAGGAUUCUCUUCUGAGACCUAUUAUGAACCUCCUCUCCCUUGUGAGACCUAGUUAUGAUCUCUCCCUGGAGACCUAGUUAUGAACUCCUCUUCCCUGAGGACUAGUUAUGGGACCUUCUCUCUCUUGAGACCAGUUAUGAACCUCUCUAGAGACAAAACAUAAGUUUAUGACCCCUCCUCUCCCUUGAGGACCUAGUUAUGACCCCUAUCUUCUUGAGACCUAGUUAUGACCUCCUCUCUAUGAAACCCAGUUUAGUUAUGAUCCUCCUGAGAACCUAGUUAGACCCCCCUAUCUCUGAGACCUAGUUAUGACCCUCCUCUCUCUGAACCCAAGUAUGAUUCUCUCCCUGAGGGACCCCUAGUUAUGACCUCUCUCUGAGGACCUAGUUAGGACCUCCUUCUCCCUGAGAAUAGUUAUGACCUCCUCCUCUGAGGAACUAGUUAUGACCUCCUUCUCUGAGACAUAGUUAUGACCUUCUCUCUCUGAGACCUAGUAAUGAACUCUCUCUGGAGGACCUGAGUUAUGACCUCUCUCUCUGAGACAUAGUUAUGACCUAUCCAUUAGACCUAGUUUAUGAUCUCCUCUCUAUGAGGACCUAGGUAAGACCUCCUCCCUGAAGACCCUAGUUAUGACCCCUCUUCUCCCUGGAGACCCUAGUUUUAUGACUCCUCUCCUGAGACCACUAGUUUAUGACACUCUUAUGAGACCUAGUUUAUGCCUCCUCUCUCUGAGACCUGUUAUGACCUCAUCUCUCUGAGACCUGUUAUGAACUCAAUUCUCUGGAGACUAGUUUAUGACCUUUCUCUCUGAGGACCUGUUAUGAACCUCUUCCUGAGACCUAUUUAUGGGACCACCUCUCUUGGAACCGUUAUGAUCUCUCCCUGAGACCUACUUAUUGACUCCUAUUUCCCUCGACGACCAGUUAUGAUCUCUCUCUGAGACUUAGUUAUGACCUCUCUUAGGACCCUAGUUAUGACCCUGCUCUCUCUGAUACCUAGGUAUGACCUCUCUCUGAGACCUAGUAUGACCUCCUCCUCUCUGAGACUAGUCCUAGUUUAGCUCUUCUGAGACCUAGUUAUGAUCUCUCCCUGAGACUAGUUAUGGACCCCCUCUCUCUGAACUAGUUCCCAUGACAUCCUCUCUCUGAGACCAAGUUAUGAACUCUCAUUGAGACCUAUUUUAUGACCUCCUCUCCUGAGACCUAGUUUAUUGAACCUCUCUCUGAGACCUAGUUAUGAUCUUCUCCCUUGAGGACCUAGUUAUGACUCCUCUUCUCUGAGACAUAGUUUUUAGACCAUCUCUAUCUGUGAGACCCUAGUUAUGAACUCUCCUUUAGGACUAUAUGACCUCCUCUCUCUGAGAACAUAGUUAUGACUCUCUCUGAGACCCCCUAGUUAUGACCUCCUUCUUCUGAGACCUAGUAUGGCCUCUCCCUGAAUGAGACCCUUUAAGUUAUAAACUCUCUCUGAGACCCUAGUUUAUAACCUCCUCUGUCUGAGGACCUUAGUUUUAUGAUCCCCCUCUCCCUGAGGACCUAGUUAUGACCUCUCUCUGAGACCUAGUUAUGAACCUCCUCUCCUUGAGGACCUAGUUAUGAACCACCCUCCAUGAGACAUAGUUAUGACACUCUCCCUUCUCUGAGGACCAGUUUAUGACCUCUCCCUGAGACACCUAGUUAUGGAUGCUCGCCUUGAGACCCUAGUUAUGGACCUCUAUCUGAGGACCUCGUUAUGACCCCUUACCUGAGACCCUAAGUUAUGUGAUUCCUCUCAUGAGACCUCGUUAUGACAUCUCCCUGAGACCUAGGUUUAUACCUCUUACUCUGAGAACUAGUAUGAUCUCUCCCUGAGAUCCCAUACUUCUGGACCUCCUCUCCCUGAGACAGUUAUGAUCUUCUCUCUUUGAGACAUAGUUAUGACCUCUCUUAGACCUAGUUAUGACCUUGCUCUCUCUGAAGACCUAGUUAUGACCUCUCCCUGAGGACCUAGUUUGACCUCUCCCUGAGACAUAGUUAUACCUCCCCCUCUCUCUGAGACCUAGUUAUGGACCUCACAUCGAGACCCUAGUUAUGACCCCUCUCUCUGAGGACCUAGUUAUGACCUCUCUCUGAGCACUAGUUAUGGACCUCUCUCUGAGGACUAGUUAUGACUUCUCUCUCUGAGACUAGUUAUGACAAAUCCUCUCUCUGAGUCAGAGUUAUGAACUCUCCCUGAGACCUAGUUAUGCUCUCUCUGAGAUUCUAGUUAUGACCUCCUCGUGCUGGGGACCCUAGUUAUGACCUCCUCUCUAUGAGGACCCUAGUUAUGACCCUCUCCUAGACCCUAGUUAUGGAUCUCUCCACGGAGACAUAGUUAUGACCUCAUCUCUCUGAGACCUAGUUUUAUGAACUCCUCUCCUGAGGACCCUCCUAGUUAUGAACUCUCCUUGUGUGAGACCUAGUUUAUGACCUCUCUCUGUGGAGACCUAGGUUAUGGACCCUCUCUCUGAGACUAGUUUAUGACAUACUACUCCACUGAGGACCUAGUUUAAUGACCUAUCUCUGAGGACUAGUUAUGACCUCCCUCUUCUGAGACCUAGUUAUGACCUCUCACUGAGACGAGUUUAUACCUCUCUCUGAGACUUAAGUUAUGACCUCACUAUGAGGAACUAGUUUAUGACCUCCUUAUGAGGACCUGUUAGUUGACCUCACUAUGAGACCUAGUUUAUGACUACUCUCUUCUGAGGGACCUAGAGUUUAGGACCUCCUCUCUCUGAGACCUAGUUUCUUUUUCUUAUUUUCUUUACCGUCUUCUACUCUGAGACUAGUUAUGAUCUCUCCCUGGACCCCUAGUAUGGGCUAUAACUUCCCCUGUUGAGACCUAGUUUAUGACCUCUCUCUGAGACUAGAUGUUUUAUGACCUCUCUCUGAGGGACCCUAGUUUUGACCUCCAUUACCUGAGGACCCGAGUUAUGACCUACCUCUCUCUGAGACCCCUCCUCGGUUAUGACAUUCUCCUCUUGAGACUAGUAUGACUCUCCCUGAGACCUAGUUAUGGACUCCUCUCUCUGAUGAGACCUCGUUUUUAUGACAUCCUCUCUCUGAACUCCUAGUUUGAACUCUCCCUGAGACCUAGUUAUGGACCUCUCUCUGAGGGGACCUAGUUUAUGACCCUCCUCUGCCUGGGAGACCUAGUUAUUGACCUCCUCUCUCUGAGACCUAGUUUGACCUCUCUCGAGAGAACUAGUUAUGAUCUCUCCUGAUACUAGUAGUUUUUUAUGGAACUCCUCUAUUGAGGAACCUAGUUUAUUGAACACAUUCCUCUCUCUGAGCCCUAGUAAUGAACUCCAAUUGAGACCUAUGUUUUUAUUAUUAUGACCUCUCUAUGGAGGCUAGUUAUGACCUCCUCUCCCUGAUAGACCUAGUUAUGAACUCUCCCUGAGACCAUAGUUAGACCUCCUCUUCUAUGAGACCUUCGUUUAUGACCUCCUCGCUCUGAGGGACCUAUUUAUUAAACUCUCUUCUGAGACCUAGUUAUGAUCUCUCCCUGAGACCAUAGUUAUGACCUCCCUCUCUUGAGGACCUUGUUUAUGAUCCCUCUCUCUGGACCCAUAGUUAUGACACUCUCCCUGAGACCCACCCUAGUUUAUGACCUCUCUCUGCGACCUCCAGUUAUGACCUCUCUCCCUGAGACCUAGUUUAGGGACCUCUCUCCCUGAGACCUCGUAUGACAUCAUAUCUCUGAGACCUUAGUUAUGACUUCUCUCUUUCUGAGACCUAGUUAUGGAGAUCUCUUCUGAGCCCUAGUUAUGCAUCCUCCUCUCUAUGAGACCUGUUAUGACCUUUCCUCUCCUGAGACCUAGUUAUGAUCUCUUCCCUUGGACCCUUAGUUAUGACCUUCCUCCCCUGAGACCAGUUAUGACCUCUCUCUCUGCGACCUAGUUAUGAACCUCUCUCGAGACCUAGUUAUGACCUUCUUCCUACCUUGAGGACCUAGUUAGUUAUGACCUCCUACUCUGAGACUAGUUUAGGACAUCCUCUCUCUGGAAAACCCAGUUAUGAUUCUCUGCCCUGCGACCUAGUUAUGACCUCCUAUCUCUGGAGACCUGUUAUGAAACCUCCUCUCUCUUGAAACCCAGGUUAGUGAUUCUCUCCCUGAGGAACCUAGUUUAUUAUGACUCUCCUCUGAGACAACAGUUUAUUACCUCCUCUCCCUGAGGGACCUAUUAUGACCUCCUCUCUCUGAGACCUAGUUAUGAACUCCUCUCUCUGAGACCUAGUUAUGAACCUUCUCUCUUCUGAGGACGCUAGUUAAUGACCUCUCUCUUGAUGACCUCCUAGUUUAUGAACCUUCCCUCUCUAUGCGACCUAGUUAUUACCUCUCCUUAGACCUAGUUAUGAUCUCCCUCGCGAGAACAUAGUUAAGACCUCUCCCUGAGAAUAGUUAUGACCUCCUCUCCUGAGGACCAUAGUUAUGACACCUCCUCUCCUGAGACCUAGUUUAUGACCUCUCUCUGAGACCUAGUUAUUAUGACCUCCUCUCUGGAGACCUAGUUAUGACUCCUCUCUCUGAGGACAUAGUUAUGACCUACUCUAUCUGGAGACCAGUAGUUAUGACACCCUCUAUGAGACCUAGUUAUGACCUCAUCCCUGAGACUAUUAUGACCACCUCUCUCUGAGAACUAGUAUGAUCUCUCCCCUGAGGACCUAACACUGAUGACUCUCUCCCUGAGAACCAGUUAUGAUUCUCUCUCUUGAGACCUUCGUUAUGACCUCUAUUAGACCAUAGAUAGGACCUGCUCUCUCCUGAUGAUAACCAUGUUAUGACCAUCGCUCUGAGACCCCCAGUUUUAUGACUCCUUCUCUGAGACCUAGUUAUGACCUCUCUCUGAGACCUGGUUAUGAUCUCUCCCUGAGGACCUAGUUAUGACCUCCUCUCUCUGAGACCUAGUUAUGACAUCCUCUCUCUGAGACAUAGUUUAUGAACUUCCUUGAGAACUGUUUAGUUAUGACCUCCUCUCCCUGGACCUUUAGUUAGGACCUCUCUCUGAGGACCGAUAGUUAUGUGAUUCUCCUGAGACCCUAGUUAUGGAACACUCUCUCUGAGACCUAGUUAUGACAUUCCUCUAUCUGAGACCCUAGUUAUGAACUCUCUUGAGACCCUAGUUUCUGGACCUCCUCUCUAUGGGAGACUAGUUAUGACCUCUCUCUGAGCGACCUAGUUUAUGACCCCUCCCCUCUCUCUGAGACUUAGUAUGACCCUCUCCCUGGGACCUAGUUAGUAACCUCUCUCUGAGGAAUAAGUUUAGUAUAAACCUCCUCUCUCUUGAGACAUAGGUAUGACUCCUUCCUCUCCCUAUGAGACAUAGUUAUGACCUCUCUCUGAGACCCUACAAGUUUUAUGGACCUCCCUCUCCCUGAGGACCUAGUUAUGACCACCUCUCCUGAGACCUAGUUAUGACCCUCCUCUCUCUGAGGGACGAGUUAUGACUCUCCACUGAGAACCCAGUUUUAUGAUUCUCUCUGUGAGAACUAUAGUAUGAACCUCUCUCUGAGACCCUAGUUAUGACCUCUCCUGAGACUAGUUAUGAAUCUACUCUCAUGGAGACCUAGUUUAUGAAAACCUUCCCUGAGACCCUAGUUAUAACUUCUCCUUCUAUGAGAACUAGUUAUGAUCUCUCCAUGAGACCUACUUAUGACCCUCCUCUCCCUAGAGACCAUUAUGAUCUCUCUCUGAGGACCCUAUUUAUUGACCUCUCUUUGACCUUAGUUAUGACCUGCUCCUCUUGAGACUAGUUAUGACCUACUCCCUUGCAGGACCUAGUUAUCGACCUCGACCUGAGACCUAGUUAAUAACCUCCUCUUCUGAGGAACUCUAGGUUAUGACCUCUCUCUGAGGGACCCUAGUAUGACCUCUUAUCUCGAGACCUCGUUUUGGGACCUCUCUCUGAGGGACACCCUAGUUAUGACACUCUUCUGAGACCUCGUUUAUGACAUCCUCUUCUCUGAUGAGGGACCUAGUUUAUGACAUUCCUCUUCUUGAGUCCUGUUAUGAACUCUCCUGAGGGACUAGUUAAUGGACCUCCUCUGAGAUAUAGCUUAAUGAACUCCUCUUCCUGAGACCUAGUUAUGACCUCCUUCUCUGAGACCAGUUAUGACCUCUCUCUGAGACCUUAGUUAUGAUCUUCCCUGAGGACCCUAGUAGUUAUGAACCUCCUCCUCUCUGAGAACCUAGUUAUGACCUCAUCCUCUCUGAGACUCGUUAUGAACUCUCCUUGAGAGAACCCUAGUUAUGGACCUCUCUCUGAGGACCUCCUAGUUAUGACCUCUCUCUGAGACCUAGUUAUGACAUCCUCUCCCCUGAGGACCUAGUUAUGACUUCUCUCUGAGCGACCCUAGUUAUGAACUCACCUUCUCUCUGAGACCUAGUGUAUGCUUCUCCCUGAGACUAGUUUUUAUUUAACCUCUCUCGAGACCUAGUUAUAACACCUCUCUUGAGAUCUUGUUAUGCCCUCAAUCUGAGACCUAGUUAUGAACCUCUCUAUGGAGACCCUAGUUAUGACCUCACUCGGAGACAUAGUUAUGGACAUCCUCUCUUGAGACCUAGUUAUGGACCUUCUUCUCUCGAGACUAGUUCUGAUCUAUCCUGGGACAUAGUUAUGUGAUUGAACUAUCACUGAGACUAGUUAUGAUCUCCUCUCUCUGGAGACUAGUUAUCUAUGAACCUCUCUCUGGACUAGUUAUGACCUCCUCUCCCUGAGGACAUAGUUAUGACCUCUCUAUCUGAGGACAUAGUUAUGACAUCCUCUCUCUGAGACUAGUUAUGAAACUCUCCCUGAGACCUAGUUAUGACUCCUCUCUGAGACAUAGUUAUGACAAUCCUUCUCUUGAGACCUAGUUAUGAACUCUCCCCUGAGACAUAGUUAUGACCUUCUCUGAGGACCCUAGUUAUGAAUCCUCUCCUGAGCCUAGUUAGGACCUCUCUCCCGGACCUAGUUUAUGAAACUCCUGAACCUAUUAUGACUCCUCUCUCUGAGGGAACCUCUUUAUUGAACUCUCUCUGGACCUAGUUAUGAUCUCUCCGGAGGAGACCUAGUUAUGACCUCCUCUCUCUGAGACCUAGUUAUGACCUCUCCCUGAGGACCCUAGUUAUAACCUUCCUCUCUUUGGACCUAGUUAGGUACCUCGUCUGAGGGACCUAGUUAUGACUCCUCUCUCUGAGACCUAGUUUAUGACCUCUCUCUGAGACUAGUGAUGACCUCUCUCUGAGACUCUAGUUAUGACCUCUCUCCUGAGACUAGUUUAGUUAGUUUAUGAAUCCUCUCUCUGAGUCUAGUUAUGAACUCUCCCCUGAGACCGAGUAUGAACUCUCUCGGAGAUUCUAGUUAUGAACCUCCUCUUCCUGAGGACCUAGUUAUGACUCAUCUCUCUGAGAGACCUAGUUAUGACCUCUCUCUGAGACCUAGUUAAUUCUCUUCCUGAGACCUGUUAUGACCUCCUCUCUCUGAGGGACCCUAGUAGAAACCUCCUCUCUUGAGGACCUAGUUCUUUGAACUCUCUUGAGACCUAGUUAUGACCUCUCAUGAGACAUAGUGGUAUGACCUAUCUCUGAGACCUAGUUAUGGACACAUCCUCUCCCGAGGACCUUCCUAGUUAUGACCUCUCUCUGAGACCUAGUUAUGACCCUCCUCUAUAUGAGACCUCCUAGUUAUGGACCCUCUCCCUGAGAACCUAGUUAUAAUUCUCUGAGGGACCUAGUAUUAACCACACCUCUUCUGGGAUCGUGUUAUUCUGACCUCAAUAGAGACCUAGUUUAUGACCUCUCUCAUGAGACCUAGUUAUAGUUAUGACCUCACUCUGAGACCUAUAGUUAGAAACCUCCUAUCUCGGUUUUACCUAGUUUAUGGACAUUCUCUCUCGGAGACCUAGUAUGGAUUUCUUCCCUGAGCUUAGUUAUGAACCUAUCCCUGAGACUAGGGGGGUUAUGAUCUCCUAUCUCGAGCUAGUAUGACCUCUCUCUGAGGACUAGUUUCUUUUAUGACCUCCUCUCCCUGAUGAUGACUAGUUUAUGACCUCCUCUCUAUGAGACCCUUCUAGUUAGACAUCAUCUUCUCUGAGACCUAGUAUGAAACUCUCCCUGAGACCUAGUUAUGACUCCUCUCUCUGAGACCUAGUUAGUUUUAUUGACAUUCCUCUCUCUGAGGACCUAGUAGGAACUCUCCUGAGACCUAGUUAUGGAACCCUCUCUCUUGAGAACCUAGUUUUAGACAUCCCUCUUCUGAGACUAGUUAUGACCUCCUUCCCUGAGACCGGUAGUUUCUGAAACUCUCCCAUGAUGAGACCUAGUUAUGACCUUCCUUCUCUCUGAGGGACCUAUUUAUGAAACUCUCUCUGCAGACCUAGUUAUGAUAUCUCCCUGGAGACCAGUUAGGGACUACCUCUCUAUGAGACUAGUUAUGACAUACUCUCUCUGAGACUAGUUAUGAAUCUCGGAGGACAUAGUUAUGACCUCUAUCUGAGGGUACCUCGUUAUGACCUCCUCUCCCUGAGACCUAGUAUGACCCUCCUCUACCCUGGAGACUAGUUAUGAAACUCUCCCUGAGACUAGUUAUGACCUACCUCUCUCUGAGGACCUAGUGAUAAAACUCCUCUCUCUGAGACCUAGUUAUGACCUCUCUCUGAGACCUAGUUAUGAUCUCUCUCUGAGACCUAGUUAUGACCUCCUCUCUCUGAGACCUAGUUAUGACCUCCUCUCUCUGAGACCUAGUUAUGACCUCUCUCUGAGACCUCCCUAGAGUUUAUGAUUCUCUCCCUGAGACCCGCCUAGUUAUGACCUCCUCUCUCUGAGACCUAGUUAUGACAUCUCUCUCUCUGAACGAGGUUAUGAACUCUCCCCUGAGACCUAUGUUAUGGACCUCUCUCUGGAGACCUAGUUAGACACCUCUCUCCAUGAGACCUAGUGUAUGACCUCCUAUCUCUGAGACCUAGUUAUGAAGUGCCCUCUUCCCUGAGAACUAGUUAUGACCUCUUCUGAGGACCUAGUUAUGGACCUCCUCUCCCUGAGACCUAGUUUCUGGCAUUCCUCUCUCUGAGACCUAGUUAUGGAACCUCCUCUUUCUGAGACUAGUGAUUAUGACUUCUCUCUCUGUGAGGCCUAGUUAAUGACCUCUCUCUGAGACCUAGUUAUGCCCUCCUCUCUAUGGACUAGUUAUGACCUCUCCCUUAGACCUAGUUCUGAUCUCCUCUCUCUGAGACAUAGUUGUUAUGGACUCUCUUUUUCCUGAGACCUAGUUAGUUAUGACCUCCUCUCUCGAGACCUAGUUGGAGAAUCACUCUCUAUGAGACUAGUUAUGAACUUCUCCAUGUGAGACCUAGUUAUUUUAUGAACCUCUCUCUGAGACAUAGUUAUACCUCCUCUUUCAUGAGCACCUAGUUAUGAACCUCCUCUCUCUGAGACCUCCCUCGUAGUUAUGGGACCUCCAUCUCACUGAGGACCAGUUAUGAACUCUCCCUGAGACUAGUCUAUGACCUCCUCUCUCUGAGACCUAUUAUGAAAUCUCUCUGAGACUAGUUAUGAUCUCUCCUGGACCUAAUAGUUAUGACUACUCUAUGUGAGACCUAGUAUGACAUCAUCUCUCUGGACAUAGUUAUGGUGAACUUCCCUGAGACCAGUUAUUGACCCUCUCUCUGAGACCUAUUAUUUAUGACUCCUCUCCCUGAGACUGUUAUGACCUACUCUCCCUGAGGAACCGAAGUAGUAUGAACUCUCCUGAAGACCAGUUUUUAGGAACCUCCUCUCUCUGAGACUAGUUAUGACCUCCCUAUCUCUGAGACCUAGUUAGGACUAAUCUCUUUGGAGGGACCUAGUUAUGAUCUUCUCCCUGAGACCUAGUUAUGACCUCUCUCCCUGAGAACUAGUUAUGACCUCCUAUCUCUGAGACCUAGUUUUAUGACUGCCUCUCCCUAGGACCUAGUUAUGACCUCUCUAUGAGACCUAGUUAUGACCUCUCUCCCUGAGACCUAGUUCUGCCUCAUCUCUUGAGGACCUAGUUUGGACAUCCUCUCUUAUGAGACCCUACGUUAUGACCUUCUCUCUCUGAGACCUAGUAAUGACCUCUCUUGAGACUAGUUAUGACCUCUCCUCUGAGGACUAGUUUUAUGAACCUCUCCCUUAGACCUAGUUAUGAAUCUCACUCUACUAUGAUACCUAGUUAUGACCUCGCCUGAGACUAGUUUAUGACCUCAUCUCUCUGAGACACUAGUUGAUGGACAUCCUCUCUCUGGGACCCGAGUUAUGACUCUCCCUGAGACAUCGUUAUGACCCUCUCUCUGAGGACCUAGUUAUGACCUCCUCUUCCUGAGACCUAGUUAUGGACCUCAUCUCCUCUGAGAGCCCUAGUUAUGACCUCCUCUACCUGAGACCUAGUUAUGUUGAAAAAACUCUCCCCUGAGACUAGUUAUGACCUCCUCUCUUGGGACCAUUUAUGAACUCUCUCUGAGACCUAGUUAUGAUUCUCUCCCUGCGAUCCCUAGUUAUGGAACUCCUCUCUCUGAGACCUGUUAGAAUCCUAUAUCUGAGAGCCUAGUUAUGCACUACUCCCUUUCCUGGGACCUAGUUUAUGGACCUUCUCUUGAGAGAGCUUAAGUUAUGACCAUCCUCUCCUGAGGACCCUAGUUUUGACACUCCUCUCCCCUGAGGACUAGUUAUGAACUCUCCUGAUGCGGAAACAGUUAUGGGACUCUCUCCUGAGGACAUAGUUAGUUAUGACUCCUCUCUACUGGACCUAGUUCUGACCCGCCUCUGCGGACCAAGUUAUAUGAUUCGUCCUCCAUGCCUGGGGGACUCGUUUAUGACCUCCUCUCUCCUGAGGACCUAGUUUAUGACCUCUCCCUGAGAGACCCUUAGUUAUGAUCUCCUCUCUCUGAGACCUAGUUAUGAUCCUCUCCCUGGAGACCCCUAGUUAUGAUCUCGCUCUCUCUGAGGACCUAGUUUUAUGAACCUCUUCCCUGAGACCUAAUUUAUGGCCACCUUCUCUAGAACUAGUUAUGGAUCUCCCAUGGGAGAACCCUAAUUUAUGACCUCCUCUCCUGGACCUAGUUUUAUGAUAUCUCUAUCUGAGACCUAGUUAUGUACCUCCCUCUCCCUGAGACCUAAGUUAUGAAACCUCAUCUCUCUGAAGACCUAGUUUUAUGACCUCCUCUCUCUAGACCUAGUUAGACAUUCCCUCUCUCUAGGGACUAGUUAUGACCUCCCCUGAGGACCUAGUUAUGACCCUCCCCUCCUAUUCUGAGACCUAGUUUUUAUAACCUACUCUCUCUGAAGGACCUGUUAUGACCUCCUCUCUCUGGAGGGACCAUAGUUAUGACCUCUCCUCCCUUGCAAGGACUAAGUUCAUGACCGCUAUCGGAGGACCUAGGCUAGUUUGACCUCCUCCUCUAGGGACCUAGUUAUGACCUCUCUCUCUGAACCAGUUAUGACCUUCCUCUUCUGGGACCUAGUUAUGACAUCUCUCUAUGCGAACCUAGUAGUUAUGACCUCUCUUGAGUGACACCCCAUAGUUAUGAUCUCGCCCUGAGACCUCCUAGUUAUGUGUGACCCCUCCUCUCCUCUGAGACUAGUUAUGACCUUCUCUGAGACCUAGUUAUGUCUCCUCUCUUGAGACCAUAGUGUUUAUGACAUCUAUCCCUGAGGACCCCUCGUUUAUGACUCUCCCUGAGACAGAGUUAUGAUCUCUCUCUCUGAGACCUAGUUAUAUGAUCUCUCUUGAGGACCUUAGUUAUGACUCCCUCUCAUCUGAGACCUAGUAGUUUUUAUGACCUGGCUCUCUCUGAGACCUAGUUAUGACCUCAUCUCUGGAGACCUAGUUCUGACUCCUCCUCUGAGACAUAGUUUAUGACCCCUCUCUCUGAGACUAGUUCUGGACCUCUCUCUGAGCACCCUAGUUAUGAUCUAUCCCUGAGGACCUAGUAUGACCUCCUAUCCCUGAGACCUAGUAUGGACCUCCGCUCUCUGGACCCUAGUUAUGACCACUCCUCUCUCUGAGGGACCGUAGUUUGACCUCCUCUCUCUGAGGACCUCGUUAUGACCACUCUCCCUGUAGACCUAGUUAUGACUCUCCUCUCUCUGAGGGACCUAGUUAUAACCUAUCCUCUUGAGGACCUAGUUAUGACUCCUCCUAUGAGACCUUAGUAGUGUUAUGCCUCUCUCCCUGAGACCAGUUAUGACCCUCUUCUGAGACCUCGUUAUGAACUCCCUCUCUAUGGAGACCUAUUAUGACAUCCUCUCUCUGAGACCUAGUUAUGAACCUCCUCUCUCGAGACCUAGUUAGACCUACUCUCUCUGAGACAUAGUUUUUUGAGGUUAUGACCUCCUCUCUCUGAGACUAGUUAUGGACUUUCCUCUAUCUGAGGACAUAGUUAUGAAACUCCUCUCUCUGAGACCUAGUUAUGAUCUCUCCCUGUGAGAACCUGGAGUUAUGACCAUAUCUCCCUGAGGACUUAGUUUAGUUAUGAUUCUCCUAUCUCUGAGGACCUCGUUAAUGAAUCUCUCCUCUCUGAGACCUAGUUAUGACCUUCCCUCCUCUGAGACCAGUUAUGACCUAGCUCUCUGGAGACCCUAGCUUAUGACCCUCUCUCUGAGGACAUUAGUUAUUUGACCUCCUCUCUCUGAGACUAGUUAUGGACCUCCUCUCUAUGAGGAAACUAUUAAAAUUUUGACCUCUCUCUGAGACCUAGUUUAUGAUCUCGCCCUGAGACCUAGUUUAUGACCUCCUCUCCAUGAGACACCUGUUAUGGACCUCCUCUCUCUGAGGACCUAGUUAUGCCCCUCCUCGCUAUGAGGGGACCUAGUUAUGACUCUCGUGAGACCUAGUUAGGACUCCUCUCUCUGAGACCUAGUUUAUGACAGCCCUCUCCUGAGGACCUAGUUAUGGACCUCCUAUCCCUGGAGACCUAGUUAUGACCUCUCCACUGACCACCAGAGUUAAGUUAUGACCUCCUUCUAUUCUGAGACCUUAGUAUGACCCUCCUCCUCUCCCUGAGACCUAGUUAUGAACCUCCAUCUCUGAGACCUAGUUUAGGACCUCCUCUCCUGAGACCCUAGUUAUGACUCCUCUCUCUUGAGACCUAGUUAUGAACCUCGACCUGAGACCUUAGUUAUGACCUUCUCUCUCUGAGACUAGUUAGUUAUAACCUUCCUCCUCUUGAGACCACAGUUAUGACCUCCUCUCUCUGAGACUAGUUAUUCUGGACCUCCCUCUUCCUGAGACCCUAGUUAUUAUGACCUCUCUCUGAGACCUAGUUAUGACCCCUCCUCUCUAUGAGACCCUAGUUAUGGGACCUCAUCUCUCUGAGACCGAAUAGUUAUGAACCUCCUCUCUCUGAGACCUAGUUAAUGACCUCCUCUCUCUGGAAGACCUAGUUCUGACCUCUUCCUCUUCUGAGACCUAGUUAUUAUGGACCUCCUCUCUAUGAGACCCUUAGUUAUUAGACCUCCUCUCUCUGAGACCUAGUUUAUGAUCUAUCCCUGAGACCUUUCGUUUCACCUAGUUCUGACCUCCCUUUACUGAGGACAACCUAGUAGUAUGACCUACUCUCCUGAAGAACCUCGUUAGGACCCAUCUCUCUGAGACCUCGGUUAUGACCUCCUCUCUCUGAGACUAGUUAUGACCUCCUCUCUCUUGUGAGACCUCCUAGUUAUGGGAUCUCUCCCUGAGGGGGACCUAGUUAUGACCUCCUCUCUCUGAGACCUAGUUUAUGACACCUCCCUUCCCUCUCUCUGAGCCCUUAGUUAUGACACUCCCGUCUUGAGACCUAGUUAUGACUCUCUCUCUGAGACCUAGUUAGGACCUCUCUCGCUGAGACCCCUAGUUAUGAUCUCUCCCUGAGACCUAGUUAUGACCUCCUCUCCCUGAGACCUAGUUAUGAUCUCUCUCUCUGAGACCUAGUUAUGAUCUCUUCUCUCUGAGACCUAGUUAUGACCUCUCUCUCUUGAGACCUAGUUAUGACCUCUCUCUCUGAGACCUAGUUAUGACCUCCUCCUCCUGAGACCUAGUUAUGACCUCCUCUCUCUGAGACCUAGUUAUGACCUCCUCUCUCUGAGACCUAGUUAUGACCUCUCUCUGAGACCUAGUUAUGACCUCCUCUCCCUGAGACCUAGUUAUGACCUCCCUUCCCUGAGACCUAGUUAUGACCUCCUCUCUCUGAGACCUAGUUAUGACCUCCUCUCUCUGAGACCUAGUUAUGACCUCCUCUCCCUGAGACCUAGUUAUGACCUCCUCUCUCUGAGACCUAGUUAUGACCUCCUCUCCCUGAGACCUAGUUAUGUGGGAGCACCUGCUGUACUGUAUGUUGACCCAUAUAUUUCACAUUGGAUUGCAUCCCAAAUGGCACCCUAAUCCCUACAUAGUACACUACUUUUGAACAGAUAAAACAGAAAGAGGAACUACAUGUUAAUUUGUCCUAUUUUCCCAUUAACUGUUGAAGAGCGUUUUCAAGUGUUGUUACUGACAGUGUUACUGUGUCCACAUUGCAUGCUUUUCUUCAGAAACCAAGUAUUUUAAUGUUUUUUGGAAGUAUGUGAUACAUUAAACCUGCCAUCUUUUUUAUAAUGAAACAUUUGAACGGAUCUUAUUACUUUUACAGCCUUGGUUGGGUUGGGGGCGGCAGGUAGCUUAGUGGUUAAGAGCGUUGUGCCAGUAACCGAAAGGUCGCUGGUUCUAAUCCCCGAGCCGACUAGGUGAAAAAUCUGUCGAUGUGCCCUUGAGCAAGGCACUUAACCCUAAUUGCUCCUGUAAGUCGCUCUGGAUAAUGAGCGUCCGCUAAAUGACUAAAAUGUAAAUGUAUUGAAAACUGAAAUGGAGAAAGCUGCGUGUAGUUCCCAGAGGCAUAUUGGUCCAUUUCCUUUUAGGCCGAGGCUGCGGAUCUAUAGCUCCGCCCCAGCCCCGCCCCAGCCCCGCCCCCCUGUAUCAUGUUCUGCAUGUGUUUCUUUAGCUCUACUUUACACACAUUGUAACGGUCACCCUCUCUUCACUAUCUCUGACUAUCAAUUGUGAAUCAUCAAGGCUAAUUCUUCAAGUUUUACCGGUGAAACACCCAUGCAGCAUCUGCAUACCAUUUGAUCUCAAUCAGUUCCAUUUAGAUCUUCUUAGCAGGGAAGUGUUUUGGGCACUGGCCAGCCAGGCUAGUAGAUUGCAAUUUUAAAUCUGUGCCAAUGCGAUAUUUGAAAAUGCAUUAUUUCACUAGCCGGCGGGCUAAUUGGACACAUUUUUCUAUUACUAGCUCGGGUCCAAAAAUCUGUGCCCAUGCAAUAUUUGAAAAGACAAAAUGUCACUACACCGGUCUGAAAAGUACUAGCCAUGGGCUAGCUUAAUUUUCCAUCGCUGCUUCUUAGUUAUGUACAGUGUUGUUUCGUAUUACGUACAGCUAGCGAAUUUUAGAGUAGAUGGUGUUAAUAAACUGUAGCAUACCUGUGUUUUGUUUUCAAUCAAAGCACAUAUUUUGCCUAGUGGCUGUUGACUUGUGUCCACAUGAAAGAAAAACGCACCAUCAUCCUAAAAUCUCAUAAGAAAUUAGGAGGUGUAUUUUGUCUUACAGUAACAUUAUACUAUAUUAUAUUAACAUUAUACUAUGCUAUUAUACUUGGUUCUGUUAGGUACAAUCCGUCACUAUCAUAAUGUGACCUUGCAGACAUUGUUUCAGAUUUAACUCUCUUUUAAAGCCCCAUGCCGUCUUUUUAAAUUGUAUUUUUAAAUCAUCACUGUAUGUCUAAUAAAUCACUGUGUGUGUUUAUUUCAUGAAAAUAACGGCAAAUAUAUUUUUUUAUCAUUUAUUUCCCUGAGCUUCCUUUUGCCAUUGAAAUGUUCAAUCUAAACGUGUGGGCGUGUCGAUACAAAUUUAAAUACAUUUACAUACACAGCCCCGUCUAGAAGUAGGCUCUAGUUUCCCUCCAACCCUGUUCCUGGAGAGCUACCUUCCUGUAUGUUUUCGCUCCAACCCUAAUCUAGCACACCUGAUUCUUAUAAAUUAGCAAGUUGAUAAGAUUAAUCAGGUUGGUUACAACUGGGUUUGGAGCGAAAACCUACAGGACGGUAGCUCUCCAGGAACAGGGUUGGAGGGAACCCACAGGAGGGUAGCUCUCCAGGAACAGGGUUGGAGGGAACCCACAGGAGGGUAGCUCUCCAGGAACAGGGUUGGAGGGAACCCACAGGAGGGUAGCUCUCCAGGAACAGGGUUGCAGGGAACCUACAGGAGGAUAGCUCUCCAGGAACAGGGUUGCAGGGAACCUACAGGAGGGUAGCUCUCCAGGAACAGGGUUGGAGGGAACCUACAGGAGGGUAGCUCUCCAGGAACAGGGUUGGAGGGAACCCACAGGAGGGUAGCUCUCCAGGAACAGGGUUGGAGGGAACCCACAGGAGGGUAGCUCUCCAGGAACAGGGUUGCAGGGAACCUACAGGAGGAUAGCUCUCCAGGAACAGGGUUGCAGGGAACCUACAGGAGGGUAGCUCUCCAGGAACGGGGUUGCAGGGAACCUACAGGAGGGUAGCUCUCCAGGAACGGGGUUGCAGGGAACCUACAGGAGGGUAGCUCUCCAGGAACAGGGUUGGAGAACCCUGCUCUAGAGCCUAACUCGCUUACCCCUUCAAAGUAGUAGGACACAUAUGCAAAUAAAAGAUGACUGGUCAUUGGUCAGAAUAAUCAGAUCAGAUUGUGAUGUCAUGAGCUGGGCCAAAAAACUCCAUCCCACCUGAACAGUCAGAAAUUCCAGGCAUUUUUUUUCUCCAAACAGCUCUUAUUCAAAAAGGGCAUUAUCAUUAAUUUCAGAGUGUUAUUUCAAACUCAUAAUGUGGAAAUAUCAACCAAAAAACAUGAAAUUACAUUUUUAACCGCACUUCCCCUUUAAGGAAGUGGCCUUUUCUCUACAAGUAGAGACUGUAUGAAUCCCACACAUGUGCAGAAGCUUCGGGACCUUUAGCCCCUGGGUGGAAAGGUCCAGUAAAAGUCGGAUCCGCAGCAACUCCAUUGCUUAAAAAAUUGCUUAUUUUUCAGGUCCUGAAACUAGUCUGUUCCUUGUCUACUUCUCUGGGAUCAUUGUAGUUUUCGUCUUUCAGUCUAAAUCAGUCAUUCUCGAACUGUCGGUCGAUGUUGAUCAUUUGGAAAGGGGAAAUAGAGUAGGCUAUCAAUGUUCGAUCAGGGGAUAAUUAAUCAUGGCACAAUAUAAAAUGUUUGCAAUCCUGUCUGCCAUCUUCAUUGAUUGGGUGACAUUAGUAAACAGGUUUGCUCUCACGUUCAGAGAAAGGUCCCGUGAUAUCUUACACUUUGGGCACGUUUGAGUGGUAAGGCGAAAGCAACCAACUGUAGACUAAAGUCGAGGAGUGAAAUCGGGAGAGGUGCAUCUGCGACAGCCGAAAGUCAGACACCGAUGUGGUUUUCCAACAGCAAGGCUCUGAUUUGUUUCUUGUGCAGGCUGCACACACUUCAUCAGUCUCUCAUUCACAAUUCGACAAGCAUUUGAUAAUAUUCUCACCAGGCCUCUAAUUUCCCAACGGCAUCCACCUUGUGUGGCCGUAAUGCCCCCUAAAAAGUCCAUGCCUUUUUGCGGCCAAAGUGUCCGUUGUGCCCCUUGGGCUGAAUAUAAUAAUUAUAAUUCCCUUCUCCCUGCUGCAAUUCAUUCCAAAGCACCUCUCACUCACGUGGCUCUCUCAGAUAUCUCAAUUCGUAUUAGCCAAUUUCCCGUCAUGUGAUCGGGUCCUUCUCACAGCUAAGGAGUAGGCUACAAGCGAAGACUGACCCAUCAACUGCGCCCGUCUUCUUCUUCCUCUUAUUGAAUUCAGACGUUAGAACUGUCCACGCCUACUUUUCGUCAGCCAACCAGAUGAGUCGGCCUAACGAACAGUAAAAGCACUAGCCAAUCUACUGUCCCCCAUAGUACAAUAAAUAAAUAUUCCAAACAUACGCUGGGACAGUUGUGGGAUGACAGCAGAGGGAGAACGCCCCCUAUCCACAUCGACGGGACCGCAGUAGAAAAGGUGAAAAGCUUCAAGUACCUCGGCGUACACAUCACUGACAAUCUGAAAUGGUCCACCCCACGCAGACAGUGUGGUGAAGAAGGCGCAACAGCGCCUCUUCAACCUCAGGAGGCUGAAGACAUUUGGCUUUGCCCCCAAGACCCUCACAAACCUUUACAGAUGCACCAUUGAGAGCAUCCUGUCGGGCUGUAUCACCGCCUGGUACGGCAACUGCACCGUCCGCAACCGCAGGGCUCUCCAGAGGGUGGUGCGGUCUGCCCAACUCAUCACCGGGGGCACACUGCCUGUCCUCCAGGACAUUAACAGUACCCGGUGUCACAGGAAGGCCAAGAAGAUAAUCAAGGACCUCAGCCACCCGAGCCACGGCCUGUUCAUCCCGCUAUCAUCCAGAAGGCGAGGUCAGUACAGGUGCAUCAAAGGUGGGACCGAGAGACUGAAAAACAGCUUCUAUCUCAAGGCCAUUAGACUGAUAAAUAGCCAUCACCAGCCAUUACUCAACCCUGCACCUUAGUGGAUGCUGCCCUAUGUACAGUACAUACAGUGCAUUCGGAAGGUAUUCAGACCCCUUGACUUUUUCCACAUAUCAAUCUACACACAAUACCCCAUAAUGACAAAACAAAAACAGGUUUUUAGAAAUUUUUGCAAAUUUAUAAAAAGCAAAAAAACUGAAAUAUAACAUUUACAUAAGUAUUCAGACACUUUACUCAGUACUUUGUUGAAGCACCUUUGACAGCAAUUACAGCCUCGAGUCUUCUUGGGUAUGACGCUACAAGCUUGGCACACCUGUAGUUGGGAGCAGGUUUUCAUCAAGGAUCUCUCUGUACUUUGCUCCGUUCAUCUUUCCCUCGAUCCUGACUAGUCUCCCAGUCCCUUCUGCUGAAAAACAUCCACACACCAUGAUGCUGCCACCACCAUGCUUCACCAUAGGGAUGGUGCCAGGUUUCCUCCAUAUGUGACGCUUGGCAUUCAGGCCAAAGAGUUCAAUCUUGGUUUCAUCAGACCAGAGAAUCUUGUUUCUCAUGGUCUGAGAGUCCUUUAUGUGCCUUUAAGCAAACUCCAAGCGGGCAGUCAUGGAUAUUUUACUGAGGAGUGGCUUCCGUCUGGCCAUUCUACCAUAAAGGCCUGAUUGGUGGAGUGCUGCAGAGAUGGUUGUCCUACUGGAAGGUUCUCCCAUCUCCACAGAGGAACUCUGGAGCUCUGUCAAGAGUGACCAUCGGGUUCUUGGUCACCUCCCUGACCAAGGCCCUUCUCCCCCGAUUGCUCAGUUUGGCCGGGCGGCCAGCUCUAGGAAGAGUCUUGGUGGUUCCAAACUUCUUUCAUUUAAGAAUGAUGGAGGCCACUGUGUUCUUGGGGACCUUCAAUCAAUUGAAUUUACCACAGGUGGACUCCAAUCAAGGUUUAAUGUAUUCAGUUGUGCAACUGAUUAGGUACCUCCUUUCCCUUUUACCAUCUCUUUUGCAGCGGAAGCGAUGGACCAGGAAACGCUCGUGCUUUUGGACGACUCGACUAGAGCCUGAAGUUAAAGAAGAACAUAAAAGCAGUGAGUAUUCUGUAAACGCCACCUUCUUUAUACACAAGGGGAGGUCCUCGGGACACACACAUGAAUACACAGGACUGUGGACACACCAAGCUUGAGCAGUAGCCGUGUCUUGCCAGGUACAUGUUGAAAGAUUUGUUGUGUAUUUUGAAAACUGAUUGUUGAAAGGAAUUUAUAAUUAAUUGAAGACUUUGUGCUCACAACAGAGUCAAAUGUGAGAGGGAAGCCCAGAUGACCGAGUGGCUGAACAACAUCUGGCCGGAAAACCAGGUUGAGGAGUACAUGAAGGAGACCUCGAUCCAGAGGGCUCAGUGGACCAGACAGAAUGGGACCAGGUUGAGGAGUACAUGA